AAACAAAACUGGUUUAAUAAUAAAAUAAUGCAAACACACUUAUGAAAGGGUGGGUUUGGUUUGCGAACCUCAACUUUUUUAUCUACCCUUUAAACUCUAUUAUCCUCUUUACGCGUUUUGAGGUAGACUUUGGUUUCAUGAACAAGGGUCUUGUGUUUUCAACAAGGGUUAUUAUAGUUUGUAGUAUAGUGUUGUGUGUGAUAGUAGUUAAUCCAGCUAAGGACAUUGUCCACUUGAGGUUUUCUUGUAAUUGACAACAUGAAGGUUUCUGGAGUUUGUGGUUUGAUCUUGGUUGUUGGGGCAACUGUGACGUUCUUUAACUUCUUGAGUCCCACUUGUGCCUCAUUAUUUCCCGAUUUGAUUGCUACCAACUAUGGUGAUAAAGCUACACCGAUCACAGUAAGCAGGAAACUGAAGGAAAAUGGGUGUAAUAUUAAAAGCAGCAUUGAGGGUGAUAUAGGUCAAGUGAAUCUGAAUGAUUACGGUUCCGUUGAUCCAGUGCCAAGUACAUUUCAGGCUUCUGUACAUGCAGGACCUAUUGAGCAUGGAACCCCUCUCAAUCCAUAUAUUAUCCCAAAACCUUCACCUCCUCCGAAGUUUUGAGAUUCUAAUCAACUUGAAGCAUGCUGGUACUAUGCUCAAUAAAGGAAUGUUAUUCACACACCCUUUUGAACAAUCUUUUUGACAUAUUUCCUAUUACCGGGAAAUAACAGAUUGUUCAAAAAUGUGUUGGUGUAGCUUCUUUUUGGUAGCAUUUCUCAUGCUGAGAAUGAUGAUUGUGUACUUUAGUUUUCACAGGUUGUUUAGUCAGCUUUUUUUGUACCUUGUUUAACUCGAAUUCUGUUUGCUAGGCUUUGUAAUCCUAGUUUUCUCAUGUGCUAGUUGUGAAUUUUUUUAUGCCUUUUGGAAUCCUAUGUAGUGGCCAAUGUGGACGUACUUAGAAGGAUCAUGCAGAUCCCUAUGUUUGUUUUAGCAAGUUUGUGCUACUUCAGCAAUGUUUAUUUUUUUCUUUUCUCUUGA